AUGCCAAUUAAUUUCCGCAAAUCUUUGGGAAGCAUCUUCAUUCUCGUGCUAUUUGCUAUCAUCACUCUGAUUUAUUAUACAUUUGUGAUCGAACUCUAUCUCCCUCAGUACCCUUCACAAAAAGGAAUCCUGAUUGGCUUUCAUCUAAUCCUUUUCAUGCUUCUAUGGAGCCUUUUUCACGUCACAUUUUCAGAGCCAGGUCGAGUGCCUCCUUACUGGGUAUUUUCUAUAUAGGGAUUUUACAUGGGAGAUUCAGAAGCCAAGCGUAAAAGAUACUGUUUGCUUUGCCAUGUUUUUAAGCCUGAAAGAUGCCAUCAUUGUUCAGUCUGCAAUCGAUGUGUCCUAAAUAUGGACCAUCACUGUCCAUGAAUAAAUAACUGUGUAGGCUUUUACAAUCGCAAGCUUUUCCUUUUACUGCUGUUUUAUACGCUGCUAUGUGCCUAUUAUGUAAUUUUGUUUAUGACCCCAACGAUUUUUUCAUCAGUCAAGCAUCUAUUGCAAUCAAGCGAAAUUCGGGUUAAUUUGCAUCCUGAUUUCAAAACAAUAUAUUAUUUUUAUAGGAAAAAUACUGUAAUUUAUUAGGUUUCCAAUCUUUGCAUCCUCAUUUGCUUUAUAUAGGGGUUUAUCUAUUUUUAUUACUGCUUUGCUUUAUUUUGACGAAUUUUACAAAGUUUCAUGUAAAACUUGUGAUGAAAAAUUCUACGACGAUAGAAAGUUUAGACAAUACAGCUGUGACUGGGAAUUAUGACUUAAAAUCAAUAAGAAAUUGGCUGCAAGUAUUUGGGAGGAAUCCUUGGCUUUGGGUUGUGCCUUAUUAUGGGAAAUCAGGAAAACCUGUAGGUGAUGGAGUUAUGUGGAGUCAUGACCCUUUUCAAGAUGUAUUAGAAAAUGACCCUGUGGAGUCAGAAACAAAUAGAGAAGGCGCCAUUUCAAGACCUCCAAACUCCCUUUCUGUGGUCGCUAAUAGCCCUUCAGGAAGACCAUCAAUAUCAGAUACCUCUUAUGAAUACACUGCUGAACAGAAUGUGAAUAUCGGCAGAUUAAUCGAACAACACAAAGAACGCAGGACGAGGUCGCCGUUUGUGUCAGAAAUUGACACAGAAACAAGCAUUUUGCAUAAAAGCAGGGCAGAAAUCUCAAGCCUGACUCCGAAUACGUCAGUCCUUGAAAUUAAUAUGAGGGAUAAACAGUCUGCCUAG